CCCCUGCUCGCCACUUCCUCCUCCUCCACAUCCACCUCCGCACUGCACACACCACGCCAGCCAUGUCCGCCAACUCGCGUCUGCAGCAGCUCACCGCGCACCUCGGCAAGGGCCUCACCGGCGCACUGCUCGAGGGCCAGGUGGCCAUCAUCACCGGCUCGGGACAGGGCAUCGGCAAGGCUGCCGCGCUCCUCUUCGCCGCGCACGGCGCGCACGUCGUCGUCUCCGACCUCGACGUGCAGAAGAGCAACGACACCGCAAAGGAGAUUACCGAGAGCGGCGGCAGCGCCAUUGCCGUGCCCGGCAACGUCAUGGACCCCAAGUUUGGCGAGAACGUCGUCAAGGAGACGGUGGCCAAGUUCGGCAAGAUCAACCACCUCGUCCUCAACGCCGGCUUCACAAACGACAAGAUGAUCCACACGACCGACGACGAGACCUUCCAGCUCAUGCUCGACUGCCACACCGUGGCGCCGUUCCGCCUCGUGCGCGCCGCCGCGCCCUACAUGCGCAUCAAGGAGGUCGAGGCGCGCGAGAACCGCAGUGUCAUCUGGGUCUCCUCGACCUCCGGCACGCACGGCAACGUGGGCCAGAUCAACUACUCUGCCGCCAAGGCCUCCGUCGUGGGCAUGAACAAGACGACGGCCAAGGAGUGGGGUCCCUUUGGCGUGCGCUCCAACUGCGUCGCCUACGGCUGGAUCAACACGCGCCUCACUGCCGCCAAGGAGGCGGGUGCGUCGAUUGAGAUCAACGGCAAGAAGGUCGCGCUCGGCAUCCCGGGCCGCAAGCCCAACUCCGGCAACGACGUCAACGCAACGAUCGACAUUCCGCUGCGCCGGCCCGGAGAGGUGGGCGAGGCAGCGGCAGCCAUUCUCUUCCUCGCCAGCCCGCUCGCGAGCUACGUCAGCGGCCAGACGCUCGAGGUCACCGGCGGACGCGGCAUCUGAGCUUGCCGCUCGCUGAGGUCGCGCAGUGGAAUGCCUAGCACCUUGUAGCAUCUUGGCGAAGAGAGAGCAUGAGAGAUCGUAGAAUUAUUACAGGGACGUACAGAGACAGGCCUCCGGAUGCGCAGCGCGACAGCUUUCCGAGACGGCG